AUGGCCCUGGACCGCUCCAAAGUGGAAGAGCGCUUCGAGGUCUUGGCGCUCGAGGUGCCUGCCCGUCGCACCGGGGAGUUCCUCAAGAGGCUUGCGCCCAACCUGCUUAACGUGGCGCGGAGGAAGAACGUAGAGUCAUUGCCCGACACUGCUUCGAAGCUUAUCCUUCUUUCGAGGACAGUGACAGAUAUUGAGAGCCUACCCUCUGAUGCAGCGUGGGUGGAAGAGCUGGUCUCUUCUGGGGCCGUGAAGGUCACCAAGUUCGAGGUGACCUUGGGUUAUGAGCACUUCACUGCAGAGGAGGUGCUUCGGAAGCUGCUGCCUGCUGGAAUGGAGAUCCCUUCUUCCUUUGAGCAGGCCGGGCACGUGGCGCAUCUCAAUCUGCGAGACUCGCAGUUGCCCUACAAGCACCUCAUCGGCCAGGUGAUCCUGGAGAAGAACAAGUCGGUCAAGACAGUUGUCAACAAGACUGGCAAGAUCGAGACUGAAUUUCGCACCUUUCCCAUGGAGCACCUGGCGGGUGAGCCUUCCACGGUGGUUUGCCUCAAGGAGCACCAGUGCUUCUUCGAGUUCGAAUACCGAGACGUGUACUGGAACUCUCGCUUGCAGGAGGAGCACGGCCGCCUCAUUGAGACUCUCUUCAUGCGCUCAUCGCCAGCGCGGCGAGUACUGGCAGAUUGUACCUGUGGCGUGGGGCCUUUUUCGAUCCCGACGACCAAGCUGACCAACGGGGUGGUCUCGCAUGCCAAUGACCUCAAUCCUGCUUCCAUCCACUGGCUGCGCAGAAGUGUGGAGCUGAACAAGCUGCCUCACGUUCUGGAGCUCGAGGAGCUGCCUUUCCACAGCGAGCGGUUCGAUCCGGAGGGGUCCCUGCUGGUGAUCCACCCUCCUGGAGACGCGCGGCAGUUCAUUCCCAAUCUCUUCGAGAAGAGGCAUCCAGUGACACACGCAGUCUUCAACCUGCCCGCAGCCGGAGUUGAGCUCCUGGAUUGCUUUCGCGGUUUGGACUACGACAAGCAGGGCCUGCCCAGACCUUUGGUUUGCUGCUACACCUUCAGCGACGGACUCGCUUCACUACUCAGAGAGUGGACGGGGCCAGCUGCCCCUGCCCUCGCCGGAGGUGCAAAAGAUGGUGGAAGACGCCCAGGCAGACACUGGCGGCACUCCAGUGGCGGUGCGCCUGGUGCGCAAUGUGGCACCCACACGGCAUAUGUUCUGCGUUUGCUUCCGGGUGCCCCGACUCACCGAGGCGCUUACGCCAACAGAAGCGCCACCGGAGAAGAAACCGAAGCUUAG